CUUAAAAGGAAGUGUAAGGACUAACGGGAAAGACCCAAUGAGAAACACAACUUAGCAAGGUUGCUUCGGCGGUAUUCCUCGUUUGCGUUAAAUAGCUUAUGCAUGUUUCAAAGUCAACCUAAGACAAUAUGUUCACAUAUAGACCAUAGCUAUAGUGAAAACCCCAUAUACUUGCAAAGCCGCGCUAUACAGUUUCGCGUGUUGGGCUCCGCCGCUCCGCAGGCCUUCGCAAGCCUGUUAGGCAAGGGCGUCAAGCACUGACAUGUUAAGCGCAGUUACUGCAAUUGCCGUUGUCAGUAUGAGGAGCGGCUUUCAAGGAGGGGAUGACGUUUGCAUCCCCUCACACCAUCAGGCUCCAUCACCGCCAAUCUCCAAACGCUCCUCAGGGAGCGACACCGCGCGCCUCUUAAACGUGUUCAGAAGGCAACCAGUACAGGAAGGCGACAGUCUCCUGCACCGUUCAUCUGCCACUCUCCCAAUUGUGGGAUCACCAGAACCCGCAGCCUCUCUGGACGCAAGUCAGCGCGACAGUAAGGCAUCGCGAGCCCUUCAGCAGCUUGGGGAGGCUUAUCGGCGGAUUAGCGAAGUUGGGCUUGUGUCAGGCCUGUCAGCUGCUGCAACAUGGAUGUUGCCCGGCUCUAUGCGAAAUCGCAUAUCCGCGGGCGACCUCGAAGCAGCACAAAAGUCAAGUGGAGCUUCUGGCAGCAGCCGGAAUUCAUCAUCAAUGGUGCUGUCAUGCGCCAUCUCAGCUUCUCAUUCAGUUGCAGUUGGGCCCGCGGUGGAAAUCGACCUUGAGAGAACUGCAAGCACCGCGACUUCGCGAGCUCAAUACAGAGCCCAAAGCUGUUGUUCACAUGACGUCCGUGCUCCGGCCCUGCCAGAAACCAGGUCAGCCGGCGCUGGCCCAUCCAUUAGCACCAACUGUUGCAGCAGUUCAACAUCAUUAUCAUCUGUCCUGCAGUCACCGCGGUCACCGGUUCUACGAUUUCAGAUACCCACCCCACCACCUCUCACGACGUUGACACGAGCACCGGUAAAAAUCCCCUCGACUGUCGUCGCCGCGCCAACACCGGUCACUGUGACGCCCAUUGAAGCCUCACAUGACAACAGCAGCUACAACAACCAAGAUAGCCAGCAAAUCCGCCGCGACAUCCACCAUAACCACCAGCAGGGCAGUAACCGGACCCUAAACCAACAGCAACAACAACAGCAGCAACCGCCUUCGCCGCCUAGUCAGCAGCAGCCAUGCCUUAGUCCAAAUCGCCCAGAGCCUCCUCGCCCUCAGGAGCACUUCAAGCAGCUUCAACCUCAGCAACCACACCAACCGCCCCGGCCGCAUCCACCGCACCAACAACCGCACCAAAACUCGCAGCCGCACCAUCAUCAUCCUCACAACCCCCAGCAGCAUGCCGUACAAACCGGCAUCUUCAAGGACCGUACGACACCCGUGGAUGGGCUGCUGUACCUCGCCUCAUGCGCCCGGAGUUCCAUGUGGACGGCCGCCAGGGGUACGCGGUGGUCCCUGCAGCAGUACGACAUUAAACGGCAACUGUACAGCGGCUAUGCCAGCACCGUUUACAAGGCCAAAUGUCAUACGUCGGAUCAAGAGGUGGUGCUCAAAAUUUAUCCCCUAACGGAGCUGACCGACUUCUUAAGAUACCAGGUGCUUCGAGAGCUGGACAUCCACUCCCGGCUGAGGCACCCCGGUGUAGUGCAGCUGCUGGCCGCAUUCAGGGAGGAAGACUCGCUGGUGCUCGUGCUGGAGUAUGUUCGUGGCGGCUCGCUGGAGGCCGUACGGAAGCGCAUGGGGGGGCGCAUGGCCGAGGCGUGGGCGGUGCACCUGGUGGUGGCGCCGCUGCUGCGCACCCUGGCGGCGCUGCACCGCACUGGGGUGGUGCACCGGGACGUCAAGCCGGAAAACCUGCUCUUCACGCCCGAAUGGCGACUCAAGCUGUGCGAUUUCGGUGUCUCCAUCUGCCUGACGGAGGAACGGGCCGUCACACGGGCGGGAUCAGCAGAGUACAUGGCGCCGGAGGUGAAUGCAUGUCCGCUGAAGCACGCUCCCCAAGACAACAAGUACGACAGCUCCUUAUCGUACGGUACGGCAGCCGACGUGUGGUCCGUCGGAGCUCUAGUGUACGAACUCAUGGUGGGUUUCACGCCCUUCGGAACCACGCCGCCACUACCGCCGCCGCCGCGACGGAAAACCUCUGUAUCGUCGUACACAUCACUGACGCCGGUGAUGACGUCAUCCCCCAUGACGUCGUCGCCGCUGACGUCACCGCCAGCAUCGCCGCCGCCGGCGUCGCCGCCGAGCUCCCCCAAAUCGUACCACUCGUCUGCCGCCGUCAGUACGGCGGUGGAUCGUACGGCAGCGAUGGAAGCUCGCCGCCGUACUAGUGGAUACGGCAAUAACAGCACCAUCAGUAGUACCCCUACCAUGAUGUCGGCCUUUUCAACUGCAGCUGGCGCCGCGGCAGCCGCCACCGCCGCCGCUGCAACGGCGGCGACAGCUGCGGCGGCAGUAGUUAAUGCCGUACCUUCCGGCCGCUUGUCCACGGGGCGUCGCAGUAGCAACAGCAGUACCAAGAGUAUCAGGCUUGCCGCCGCCGCUGCCGCCGCCGCCAGUGCGACGCCGCUAGCGUUUCCCGCUAGUGUCAGUACGGCCGCGAGAUCUUUCAUCCGGUCGUGUCUGGAGCUAGCGCCGGAGAACCGGCCUACAGCGGAGCAGUUGCUGCGUCAUGAAUGGGUGCUAUCGGCGCAAAAGUACUGCCACAAUCCGCCUCCAUGAGGUCUCUCGUGACGCUUCCGCUGCAACCCCGAUCCGGAGCGACGUCAUGGGGACGCCUUGAUUGCGUAAUGGCGGAUCCUUUGGUGGAGGAGGCAGAAGGUUGCUACCCUGAGCUGGAAGCAACGGGGCAUGACAAGCAGAUUGCAGGUGUUUGUGAACAGGCAGUAGCUAUCGUUGUUUUUUUUGCAUAACUUAUUAGCAGAGUGGUCGGACCAGCAGUCAAUAAACAGCUAGGGCGUAAGAGCCCACUUAUACCUAGGCUCAACGUGGGAAUACAACGUGGUUCUGUGGUAUGGUUGACCUGGAAACCCAAUGAUGACAGCGGGUGAUGCAGGUUGCUGUUUCACUGCUUGGAGCAUGAGGGUGCGUGUGGUGGGUUGGUAAUUCUAGCACGCCCCUGAAAGGCGUCGUUUUGCUGCAGUGCAAACGGCGUUGCCGAAUAAGCGGAAGUACACAAGCAUGGAUGAGAAGUACACACGCAUGCAUGGCUAGGACGUCUGCACCCUCUGUAUGGCUGGUAUGAAUCGACUCACUGCCGUUUGUUAGCGGGUUUUACGACGAAUGUCAUUGUAUGCUGCUGUUCGCCGCUACUUCGCAUGUUUCUUUUUGCCCUCGGCAGCAGCCUAUUUAGAAUGCGAAAGUUACAAGGGGGACCGGAGUUCCUGAAAGCCUGAGAGCCGUACAAGAGACCCAAUCGCUAGCCUAUUUAGCCCGUUAGUAGGAAGAGCGUCAUUGUACGGCUGCGCUCAUAUGCAUUUGACGCAGCCCGAGCGCCUGGCAAUGAAAAUGCGGGUGCAUUAGGUACGGAACGUGAUCACCUGUGGUAAGCACAAAAUCGCUGCGCCGAAGGACGCUGGAAGACGGAGGGACCACGCUAGCUCGCGUUAGUGUACGUCAGAGCUCGUAAACUUUUAACACGGCCAAGGCGCCUGGCAUGGAAUGUGCGGGUGCAAUAGGCACGGAAGCUGAUCAUCGAUGUUCAGGGCGAAACCGCAGCGCGGAAGGAUGCAGGAAGACGGAGAGAACGUACUAACUGCAGAUUGGACGGAGGAAUACGGAGGGACCGCAAUUGUGGGAGACGCCGCU